UGAUGGAGAGAUGUUGAGUAGACCUCCUCAGAUGGCACCAUUUAUUAGUUUUAUUCAAUCAUGGAAGUAUGACCAAAUUGGUGAUUUAGCCUGGGCCUAUAUAGAUAGGUCUAUGUAUCUAAAACAAAUCAAGCCUCUAUCUUGCACUUGAUGCAAGAUAGAUGGAGAGGCUGCCUCUCUAUAUAAGUGGCAUUAGUUAAAAGGCGCCUCAAAAGUUUAGAUAAUCAGUCAUAUAGCCUACAUAGUCUCAAGUUGCAGAGUAUCUUGGCAACGUGCGGGUUCGGGGUGACGUCUUGCUGUCCUCAGACCAGAGGAUUCCUCUUCCUCGCAGCAGGUUUCGCUUCGGGAAGACCAGAGACAAACAACCCCUAGCCCAGACUGGUGUGCCGAGGCGGAGAGCAUCGCGUCGUGGACAGUCAAUCACAAUGCAACAACAAAAAGAAAAGAACGCACUGGACUCGCAACAACUCUUACUACGGUUCUUCUUCAACAACAAUAACAGAGGUUGCCGCAUGGAUUACACGCUUCUGUAGAAGGAGGAUAAUAUUUCGACUGGGUUUGCGCGUUUGGAAGGAAAAUGCCCUUCUACAAGCGCACGCUAGUUCCCAAGGAUGUCUGUAAAAACGACACGAAGAGGCCAAAUGCGAAUUUCGGGGACUUGGUGGACGUGUGCGGGUUUUCUCUGUGUUCGGUGCUCCGACAGCUCUCGGAUUUAUCCCGACAGACCGUCAGCAUCUUGGAAGAGCUCGAGGGCGAGCUCGUGUCUAUCUGUCUCCGGUCGGAAACGCUCGAGGGCAAGGUGAUUAGUUUACAACGGCACAUCACCGCGCUCUCCCAAAAACCACCGCCAAAAACCACUACCAUCUUGGACGCGGAGUCGAAGCGUAGCGCAGCGUCGUCGGUGACGACGGCGGCGGCCCACUUCCGGUCUCCAUGGCAACAGAGUGUUAAUGUGUUUGGCUCGUGGAGCAGGCCGGACUGUGUUCAGGAGUUACACCAGGAGGCUCAGCUUAACCUGCAGAGUCUGCUGCAAGACUUUGAAGAGCAGCUGUAUGACACCAAGUUAACAGGCCAGACGUUCCGCCACCCCACAGUGUCUUCCCAGAGUUCUGACGAUACGUCCACCACCCUGAGUCGUUCCCCUAUAACCCUCAACAACAAGAGACCUGAAUUCAUCUUCCUGCCGGCGUCUAAGAGGCAGGUGUGUGAGGAGGAUGAUACCUCCUCAGUAGGAAUCAAUAGGGGUGUAGACCAGUCCCCCUCUCCAUCACCCUGUGGGUCAGAUCGCCCUCUGGUGGUGUGGAGUAGUACCUCUCUAGGACCUCCCGUGGCCGAGAAACCCCGCUGGCACCUAGGACAACGGACACCCGCUCACCUGCUGCCCCUCGACGUCACAGGUGAGGGUAAAAUCCUGGGCGUAGACCUCCUCCAGGGCUCCUGUUCCCCCUCUCUGUCCCUGGGUUGCGGCGUCACCGGUCAGCCCCGGUCUCUGGAGCCCGUCUCAGACACCCCUGUCCAGCACCUUACCCUGAGGAAGACCCACAGUGACCUGGAGCCCAGCCUCAGCCUGCCCCAGUCCCCCCGGAUGCCCCCUCCUACUCUGGGCACCAUGGACCACUCUGCUACCCUUCUCUGCUCCAACUCCCCGUCUCAGUCCUGGAACGGCCCUAAAGGCUCUACCUUCUCUCCUGGAGUCUGGAGUGAGGCCUAUAGUUAUAAUUUAGCUCCCAAUCUGCUAGGGAAGGGACCGGCAACCAUGCCCAAAACGGUGGGGAUGGUUGGGGGGGUAGGGGGGCAGGGUGGAGGGUUGAUGUGCCCCUCUCAGACCAGUUUGGGACUCUCCGGGAGCUCGGGGUCACAGUCUCACUCUAGUUCGUUCACGUCGAUAUCGGAGCCGUCCGGUCUCAGGCACCCGGUAACCAUGGUUAUGAUGACGGGGAGGCGGAGCGAGACAGAGGGCGCGGCGGCUAGCCCCGCAGGGGAACAGAUGGGGUCAGAAAGAGGGGUGGGAGGAGGAGAAAGGGUGGAGAGGUCGGCACAUUCCAUCGCUGCGGCCAACGCAUUCAAGUUCCGCGAGCGCUCUCUCUCCACGCCGACAGACUCCGGUUCGUUCUGCUCCACAGAUAACGUCAGUGGCGGGAUGUACAGUGUCACUGGGGUAACAGGAGCCGGUAACGGGACGAACGGGGGUGUUCCAACAGAAAUGCACAGCCACCACCACUAUCAGCUCCGUGGUGAGAGCGGGGAGAGCUACGCCCUCCUGUAUCCCAGCGGGAGCUCCGAGGACGGUAGCGCCAGCGUCGACAACAUCUCCGUAACCGACGGAAACUUCCCCCAGGACGAUCGCCUACGGUUACGCUCUCGCUCCAUCUCACUAAAGAAGUCCAAACACAAACCCCCUCCGCCCGUCCGGAGCGUUUCGCUGAUGAAGAAUUUAGGGGACGCCGAUGGGCGUGUGCACGGCCGUGACAAGGGUCACUACAGGGAAGGACGCCCCAAAUCCCUCCACAUCCCACGGGAACACCUCCAGGACUUCCAGACAGACUUUCACCUACCUGCCUCCUCCUGCCUCUCCAAGCCUGAUCUGGAGGAUCCCGAGCUGGGCUACGGCGGGAUGGACGGGCCCCCUGGCCUGGAGGUCCAGGGACCCAGCAACACAGAGUUCUCCCCAGCCCACUGGCAGCUGGGGGAGUGGAAGUCUUCUGAUCCCUACCAGUCAUGGUCCGGGUCUAGCACCGCCACAGGGACUACUGUCGUAGACUGUAUGAAGGUUCGAGGCAGUUCAGAGUCUCUCCUCGAAUCCCCGUCUACCUCCCGAGCCUCCUCUCCCUCCCUCCUCUCCAUCGAGUCGACCAAAGCCUCCUCCCCCUUCAAGCCUACAGGACUCAUGUCCCCUUCCAGCGGCUACUCUAGCCAAUCAGAGACACCCACGCCCAUCACCCCCUCCAAUCAGGUCGCAGGAACAACACAAGGGCCCGCCUCCACAUUGGGGUGUAAGAUGCGCCCCAAAAUCCCUGAGAGGAAGUCUUCGCUGCCAGUGACCUCGCCGCGUGACCCAGCCGCCCGGUCGAGGCUUUCCUUCGAGAUGCCAGUUAACGCUCAUCUAGACUUGUCCUCCAUCAAACCGAAACAGAAGGCCAGCAGGCGUCAUUCUGACACAUCCACUGCAGCCAAGCCUGGUAAACUGAGUUCCGGCAGUCAAUCAUCUCUCCCCGUGGUGACCACGAACGAGAUCCGGAAUAUCCGCCUGCGUUCCGUCUCCCGUACUGACCUGGAGGACUUCCCAGACGGAGCCUCUGAUGACAUCAUCGAGGAGGAGCAGGGUCUUGACCUUUCCCCCCCGCCUGUCCACCCUGGUGUCAACUCCCUCGUUCCCUCCAAACCCAAGCCUCCGGUCGCGGUGAAACCCCCGUUACCCAAACGGCCCUUCAACCUCCUCCUCAAGUGCCCCUCCUCCUCCCCCAUUGCCUCCGACUCCCCCCCUGCCUCCCCCAUUGACCCUACCCGGCCCAUGCCCAACCCCAGCAUUUACAUGGUGGUAGGUAGGAAGCCCAAGCUGAAGAAAGCCCUCCCUCCCACCCCCACCAGCCCUUGUGGACCCCAUGACCAAACCCAAACCUUCCAUCUCCAUUACCCCCAGGGUCUUUACAAUCUCCCCUCCUUUCCCCACAUCCAGUCCCUGUACGACCUCCCUCCUCUCCCCCUGCCCCAGCCACUGCUGGAGGACCCCGCCUUGGAGCCGGAGUUCGACCCAGACUUGGAGCUCCAUCUUGGGCCUGAGGGUGGAUGGUCGCUUCCCUCUCCCUGUAGUAACCUGGAGGUGGUGGAGACUCAGGAUAGGAGCAGGACCCUCCCCAGUAGGAUGACCAUCUCCUGUCUGGCCGAACUGGACAAGAAGAAACCCAAGGUUCCUCCACCAGUUCCCAAGAAGCCCAGCAGUCUCCUUUUCCCCUCCAACUCCACCACGGCGCAUUCCAACGGUACCACCGACAGACAGGGAACACAGAUGGACGGCCCAGCCGCUCUCCGCUCUCCUAUUGGAGCGUUCCCACCUGAGGAGUUUCCCGGUAAAGAGGAAAACCAGGAAAACCACCUGGGAACAGAUGAGGAGAGCUCAAUGGAGUCUUCAUUACAGUCUUCAUUGCAGGAUUGUUCUCUUACAGACCUGGAAGGGAGGAUGGCCACUGUAGAGAUAGGGACAGGUGAUGAUGCAGUGGAGGAGAACUUUGAGCAGAGUAGUUUGGACUUUAGUGGUAAAACGGAACUCCACAUCACAGAGGAAACGGAUGAUGAUGUCGGUGGACACACACCCAACACACACAACAUGGAGGACCUCUUCACCAAAAUACACAGGUCGAAGAGAAAGGUCCUGGGUCGUAAAGAACCAGGAGACUCAUUCGGCAGCCGCCAGAGUCUGGUCUCCCCAGUGAAGCACAGCACCAGUGGGGGGGACCUCCAAACCUUGACCCUGGGCUCCACCCUGCGGUCCAGCUCGCGGAACGACAACUUCAUGGCCCUGUUACAGAAGAAGGGCAGUAAGUCCAGCAGGGGAGGGACACGCCUCUCUGCCAUGGAACUCCUGAGGAGCACAAACCCCCUCGCGCGACGCAUCACAGAAUUCUCCACGUCGUCUGACGGAGGAGGGGAUACGACCACCGGUAAUAACGGGACCAGACCGCCCCAGGACCAAUGAGUCCCGGACCGACCCUGAUAUUCAUUCUUACUGUAACCUCACCAACACCAAUAGCUGGCUGGCAAAGUAGAGGUUGAAUAUAUAACCACUUGUCAACCAUUGAUCGACCAUGUAAAUGGACUAUUGAUGGAAGAAUGAAUAUCCAACCAGACCACUCAACCACUGAUGGACCGAACAUUAACCGCCCAACGGUUGGACACGAUGGUCACAGCGGUCAUCAAAGGAGUUUUGUUUCCAAACACGGUCCAUCCUGUUAUGAAGGUGUUUCAUUUGCUAAGGUCUCAACGCAGUCCGUCCUGUUAUGAAGGGUUUCAUUUGCUGAGUUGGAGGAAUUCUGAGUCGAUGCUUCGACUCAUCAAUCUCGUUCUCAUAUUUUUACUUUGCUGUGUGAAUGGUACUGUGCAUCCAGGCUCAUUGUGUGAAUACUAUACUAGGGAAAGAAGGAUAGAGUAGAUAACACUCUGGGAGCCUGAACAUAUGACUGUCAAUGAUGUGGAAAUUAAUCUGAUUCAUCCAUGGAAACACCACUAAUGUCUACUAUCAACGGGCCAUCCAAAACAGCCAGAUUACAGGCCAAUGCUGGUAAAAUAUACCACAUUGAACUUUAGUCUUUGGAAUACAUGGUGUGAGUGUGUGUUAUAUUAAAAACGAGAAUGGUCAUAUACUAUGGUAAUUACGUAAAGUCCAAAACAUUCUACAGGAAGAUUGACCUGGUAAAAAGCCCUACCCCUUUACGUUUGAAUCAAAGCACUUGGACGACGGCAAACAGAGCUAGUUCACAACAACGACACCAAACAGAGCUAGUUCACAACAACGACAGCAAACAGAGCUAGUUCACAACAACGACAGCACACAGAGCUAGUUCACAACAACAACGGCAAACAGAGCUAGUUCACAACAACGACACCAUACAGAGCUAGUUCACAACAACGACACCAUACAGAGCUAGUUCACAACAACGACACCAUACAGAGCUAGUUCACAACAACGACACCAUACAGAGCUAGUUCACAACAACGACACCAUACAGAGCUAGUUCACAACAACGACGGCAAACAGAGCUAGUUCACAACAACAACGGCAAACAGAGCUAGUUCACAACAACAACGGCAAACAGAGCUAGUUCACAACAACAACGGCAAACAGAGCUAGUUCACAACAACAACGGCAAACAGAGCUAGUUCACAACAACAACGGCAAACAGAGCUAGUUCACAACAACAACGGUAUACAGAGUUAGUUCACAACAACGACACCAUACAGAGCUAGUUCACAACAACGACACCAUACAGAGCUAGUUCACAACAACGACACCAUACAGAGCUAGUUCACAACAACGACACCACACAGAGCUAGUUCACAACAACGACGGCACAUCAACGCCUGUGUCAUCCGUGUUCUAUGUUUGGUUUAUGUUAAAAACAUUUAUUGCGAGAUAGAAAGCCAUACAUAUUUAACUUGUACAACGAUAUGCAUACCUACCGUAUAACCUGAAAUAGAUCAGCUUGAACUGUUUGAAGAGACUAUGUAUACUAGUACUACUAACAGCAGUAGUACAGUAGUACAAUGUAAUUACUGUAGGACUAACAGUGAACAGCAGUACACACACCCAGCAGUACACACACCCAAACCUUGCAUGUGUGUUUGCGUGUGCGUUGCGUCCUAAGGAGAGAGGACGAAGGGGUCCAUUCAUCUGUCCUAAGGAGAGGACGAAGUGGUCCAUUCAUCUGUCCUAAGGAGAGGACGAAGUGGUCCAUUCAUCUGUCCUAAGGAGAGGACGAAGGGGUCCACUCAUCUGUCCUAAGGAGAGGACGAAGUGGUCCAUUCAUCUGUCCUAAGGAGAGGACGAAGGGGUCCAUUCAUCUGUCCUAAGGAGAGGACGAAGUGGUCCAUUCAUCUGUCCUAAGGAGAGGACGAAGGGGUCCAUUCAUCUGUCCUAAGGAGAGGACGAAGGGGUCCAUUCAGCUGUCCUAAGGAGAGGACGAAGUGGUCUGAACGUGGCUGUACUCUUUGGAGACAUUCUGGACCUGCGAGGUUAUUCUGGACCUGAGAGGUUAUUCUGGACCUGAGAGGGGAUUCUGGACCUGAGAGGGGAUUCUGGACCUGAGAGGGGAUUCUGGACCUGAGAGGGGAUUCUAGAACUGAGGGGAUUCUGGACCUGAGAGGGGAUUCUAGAACUGAGAGGAUUCUAGAACUGAGGGGAUUCUGGACCUGAGAGGGGAUUCUAGAACUGAGAGGAUUCUAGAACUGAGAUGAAAACCCACUGUUCGAACAACUAUCUCAAAAGUCACAGAGACAGAACAAGAAUACAGCUAUCCCUCCAUCUGACAUAUAGGACAGUUAAAAGGAUAAGGAUGCAUCCCCCAGUUCUUUGUGCCCUCGCCACAUGCUUUCUCUCUCACACUGUCCAUUUAGUGCAGCGGUGAUGCUGCAGCCUUUUCCUCUCCUUUAUCUUCCUUCUAUUCUUCUCCUCCCUAGCUAGAAGUCAUGCUCUGUCUCUCUCUGCCCAUAGUGCAGCCCCUCUCUACCGUCUGAGCUUCAGGUUUACAGACCACACAGCCUGAAUGUCAAUGAUUGCUAGGAAGGAAGUGAAGGAUGCCGUGUUGGCAUUACGUCCAAGAGCGCUACGCUCAAAUUCCUCCCCCUUUUCCUCCCACUUUUACAAAGGAGUAUUUGCUUUCAUCCCUUCUCUGCGUUGUGCAUCCAUCCAUAUAUCCAGACCAACCAUCCAUGUUACAAGUACAAUAGGAUGAUGGGUAGUGUGUGUGUGAAUGUCUGAAUGUGUACGUACAGGAGAGGAUAGUGGACUCUGGAUCCACUAAGACUGUGAAUUGAAUACUGAUGCUAACCCAUCCUUCUUUCUCACACUCCUGGUACCCUGUAUAGAAUGGACAGUGGAUCCGUUGGUUCUGCGUUCUGUUGCUGUGUUCUAAUGUUCUAAGACUCCUUUCACCACAUGAUUCCAGAACCUUUUCCUAACUGCUCCCGGCACGGAGAGUAGGGCUGUGCCUCUGUGGCUCUCAAUCCGAAGGAGAAAACACAAAGCCUGGUGCUAUUGAGCUAGAGCGCCCCUUAUGGACGAAGACAGGGAGAACCCUGUUCAAACCUUACUCUGUCCCUCCAGCAACAUGGACGAAGACAGGGAGAACCCCUCUGUUCAAACCUUACUCUGUCCCUCCAGCAACAUGGACAAAGACAGGGAGAACCCCCUGUUCAAACUCUGCUCUGUCCUUCCAGCAACAUGGACGAAGACAGGGAGAACCCCCUGUUCAAACUCUGCUCUGUCCCUCCAGCAACAUGGACAAAGACAGGGAGAACCCCCUGUUCAAACUCUGCUCUGUCCCUCCAGCAACAUGGACGAAGACAGGGAGAACCCCCUGUUCAAACUCUGCUCUGUCCCCCCAGCAACAUGGACAAAGACAGGGAGAACCCCCUGUUCAAACUCUGCUCUGUCCCUCCAGCAACAUGGACAAAGACAGGGAGAACCCCCUGUUCAAACUCUGCUCUGUCCCCCCAGCAACAUGGACAAAGACAGGGAGAACCCCCUGUUCAAACUCUGCUCUGUCCCUCCAGCAACAUGGACAAAGACAGGGAGAACCCUGUUCAAACCUUACUCUGUCCCUCCAGCAACAUGGACAAAGACAGGGAGAACCCCCUGUUCAAACUCUGCUGUGUCCCUCCAGCAACAUGGACAAAGACAGGGAGAACCCUGUUCAAACCUUACUCUGUCUCUCCAGCAACAUGGACAAAGACAGGGAGAACCCCCUGUUCAAACUCUGCUCUGUCCCUCCAGCAACAUGGACAAAGACAGGGAGAACCCCCUGUUCAAACUCUGCUCUGUCCCUCCAGCAACAUGGACGAAGACAGGGAGAACCCCCUGUUCAAACUCUGCUCUGUCCCUCCAGCAACAUGGACAAAGACAGGGAGAACCCCCUGUUCAAACUCUGCUCUGUCCCUCCAGCAACAUGGACAAAGACAGGGAGAACCCCCUGUUCAAACUCUGCUCUGUCCCUCCAGCAACAUGGACGAAGACAGGGAGAACCCCCUGUUCAAACUCUGCUCUGUCCCUCCAGCAACAUGGACAAAGACAGGGGGAACCCCCUGUUCAAACUCUGCUCUGUCCCUCCAGCAACAUGGACGAAGACAGGGAGAACCCCCUGUUCAAACUCUGCUCUGUCCCUCCAGCAACAUGGACGAAGACAGGGAGAACCCCCUGUUCAAACUCUGCUCUGUCCCUCCAGCAACAACACCGAGACAGAACGACUCCGGAUGACCGACUAUCUGGGCGCUCUUUUUCUUACGUCGUUCCUUCAGGAAAAACCAAACAACAACUUAUAAAGACGUAAGAAGAAGAAGAAAAAUGAGAAAAGUAAAUUAUAACGUUAUUAAUCCAUAGUCAAGUGACACUUGUUUAAAAUAUUUAGUGAAUGGAACUAUAUUCAAAACAACUACGAAGAAACUCAGUGUUGGUUUGCCUUGUAUUCUGGAGCCUCUGUGUUUUCAGCACAGAAAUAGAAUGACUAGAAUGGGAUUCCCUAUUCAAGUCAAUGAGGCCAUAAUGUCAAAUUGCCAUUGUCCGAGGUUCUAUGCACCUUCUGCUCAUUCUAAUUCUAUGGUUUUCAGCUACCUUGGUAUUACACUCCCUUAGAGGUAUGCAGAGUUUUUACUCUUUCUGAAGUACUGUGGUUAUUACGGUAAUACUGUAUACUAUGGUUACUAUUGUCAUAUACUGUGCUUAUUACGGUAAUACUGUAUACUAUGGUUACAAGUGUCAUAAACUGUGGUUAUUACGGUAAUACUGUAUACUGUGGUUACUACUAUCAUCUACUUUGCUAAUUACAGUUAUUACGGUAAUACUGUAUACUAUGGUUACUACUGUCAUAUACUGUGCUAAUUACGGUUAUUACGGUAAUACUGUAUACUGUGGUCAUAUACUAUGGUUAUUACAAUAAUGGUCAUCACUAUUCCUACUAUUGUUAGUCUCUGCUGUACCUCUAUAUUGUUCAUGAAAAACAAGUACCACGAUAGAGGGAGAGAGAAAGAAAGAGAGAGAGAGAAAGAAGAGGGAGAGAGAAAGAAAGAGAGAAAGAGAAAGAGAGUUGGAGAAGAGAAAUAGAUGACUUAACCCAAGACCGUGAUGGCUUAGUACUUACUAUAAACUGUAACGCUCAAUCCGGUUACAGAUUCUAGCCCUAGACACACACACACACACACGCACACGCACACGCACAUGCACACACACACACACACACACACACACACACACACACACACACACACACACACACACACACACACACACACACACACACACACACACACACACACACACACUGUUAGCUGUUGGCGCAAACGGUGAUAUAUUAAAGUGGGCUCCACUCUCCAAUCAAACAUGUGUAGGAAUGUGCAGUUGGUAGAGUAUUACAGAGUAUGGGAGGAGAAGAGAAAGGCUUGGACGAGGAAGAAUGGAUGGAGGGAGAGGAGGAGGAUGACAUUUGACUGGUGGAUAUUUGACUCCUCUGAAAGAGGGGUUCACAGUUGGGUUAAUACAAGCUUCCCCCCUCUUUUUCUUCUCUCCUCCCCUCUUUCUUUCAUCUCCUACUUUAUUUUGUGACUCAUAUGGAGAACACUUAAAGCCUUCCACAAACUCCCCACAGAACAAUACAAAUAUCUGAGAGAGAGAGAGAGAGAGAGAGAGAGAGAGAGAGAGAGAGAGAGAGAGAGAGAGAGAUAGAGAGAGAGAUAGAGAGAGAGAGAGAGAGAGAGAGAGAGAGAGAGAGAGAGAGAGCGAGAGCGAGAGAGAGAGAGAGAAAUAUGCCCACUUGCCAGUUUGUGUUUUAUAUCUUGUUUCUGCGUCGACAUCAAACUGCUACAUAACAAACUGUUUCCAACCAUCUGGUCAUCAUGACGCUAAACAAACAGAAAUAUAAUUCUUAAGACUUGAUCUCAAAUGACACCCUACUCCCUAUCUAGUGCACUACUUCUACAUACACUGUUAGAAAAUAAUGUGCAAAAAAGGAUCCUCGGUUGUUCCAAUAGGAGAACCCUUUGAAGAACCCUUUUGGUUUCAGGUAGAACCCCUUUGAGUUCCAUGUAGAACCCUUUUCACAGAGGUUUCACCAUGGAGCCCAAAAGAGUUUUACCUGGAACUAAAAAGGGUUCUGCCAGGAACCAAAAAGGUUCUACCAGGAACCAAAACGGAUUCUACCAGGAACCAAAAAGGGUUCUACCAGGAACCAAAAAGGGUUCUUCAAAGGGUAAGUUGGCUCUGGUCAAAAGUAGUGCACUGGAAUAGUGAGACACUGUCAUCUGAGAUUUGGUCACACUCUCUAAAGCAACAGUAUGUUGAAGUGUUAAUCUGUAAAUACCAUGUAAAUACCAUCAGACUGCCUGUAUUCAUAUUACAUAUAGAGCUGAUAGCAUGAUUAGGGCCAGGAGUUUUUUAUGGAGAUACAUUUCUGUCAAAAUAUUUAAUUAAUUUACAACAUUUUGACAUAUAUCUAUCACUGUAGUGUUCCUCACCACAUCACCUGAACAUGCAAGAAAAACUCUGGGCCCUAGUUAAAUGCUGUCAUAAAGCAAAUAGCCUACAACUAUUACUAGUAGGGGCCUGGAGUUUGUCCCAGUCAGGUCACGCGGUCAGGGAAAACUCCUGGCCCUAAGUAUACUGAACAAAAAUAUAAACGCAACAAUUUCAAAGAUUUUACUGAGUUACAGUUUAUAUAAGGAAAUCAGUCAAUUGACAUAAAUUCAUUAAGCCCUAAUCUAUGGAUUUCACUUGACUGGGCAGAGGUGCCAGACCCAGCCACUGGGGAACCAGGCCCAGACAAUAAGAAUGUGUUUUUUUCUCCCACAAAAGGGCUUUAUUACAGAAAGAAAUACUCCUCAGUUUCAUCAGCUGUCCGGGUGAUGGGUGAUGGGUGACUGAUCUCAGACAAUCCCACAGGUGAAGAAGCCGGAUGUUGAGGUCCUGGGCCAAUUGCAUUCUCCCUCAAAACCUGAGACAUCUGUGGCAUUGUGUUGUGUGACAAAACUGCCUUUUAUUGUCCCGAGCACAAGGUGCACCUGUGUAAUGAUCACGCUGUUUAAUCAGCUUCUUGAUACGCCACACCUGUCAGGUGAAUGGAUUAUCUUGGCAAAGGAGAAUGCUCACUAACAUGGAUGUAAACAAAUUUGUGCACAAAAUCUGAGAGAACUAACCUUUUUUUGCAUAUGGAAAAUGUCUGGGAUCUAGUAUUUCAGCUCAUGAAACAUGUGACCAACACUUUACAUGUUGGGUUUAUAUUUUUGUUCAGUGUAUAAUGAGUAUAACAGAGAACUAGUUGUACAGCAGUAAAACUGCUCCCAGAUCUGUGGCUGUAUAGGACCAGGACUCAUAACCACAAAGCAUCUCAAAGCAGGAGUGCGGAUCUAGGAUCAGGUCCUCCCUGUAUCCAUGUAAUCUUAUUCAUUAUGAUUUAAAAGUGAAAACUGAUCCUAGACCAGUACUCUUGCUCUGAGACGCUUUGUGGAAAUGGGCCCGGGACAGUAAUAAAGUUUGAAGUUAAAAAAACGUACAAAAAAGACCCCCUUACCCCCACGAAAUAAGAGGUCGUAGGUUACACGACUCAAAAGAGAAAGAAAGAGAGAGUUCUUGAAAUUAUUAUAUUUUUGUUAUUUCUCAUUGGAAGGACAUAAUUUAAAUAAAUAACUGCAUAUAUUAUGAUUAGGAAGAUUAUCCACUUUCAUUUUCCGAUCCAGCAGUGUGUUUUAUGUAGCUGUUGGUUGAAACACAUGCAGCUGUAUAUGUCUUGCCAAUGUCAUGAAAAUUAUUAUAUCAUUCAAAUAAAUUAUUUUUCUUGCUUA